CUUGACCGGUUGUCCCCUUGCUCUAUUCUCUCUCCACGUUAGCUGUGACACAGACAACUGGAAAAGGCGAAGAAACUCUGAAAACCCUAGAAAUUUACAGAAAAUUUCUCGGAAAUGCUCGAUUUCAGGUGAGACACUGAUCCGCCAUGGUGAAGAAGCGCGUGCCGGAAUGGCUGAAUUGCUCUCUUUGGUCCUCCAAUCCCCCUCUCGACGACGAACGCCACCUCCGAUAUGUUUCGAAAUCAGCCAGCCCAACCACGGCCACCGCAAACAACGUCAACCCUCCGGAUGAACCGCCAGUUCCCCAGCCUCCUCCCAAAGUCGUAAUUCAACAACCGCCGAAACCGGAACCAAAAGAUCCCCGAGAAGACGAUGAGCAGAGAUCUCCCAGUUUUUCGCCUGAAGAGGUUUCUCGUCAAUCUCAGCUAUUGACAGAGCUCUCACGGAAGACAAUAAAUAUGCUUGAAUUGAGGAGAUUGACAUCGCAGGGUAUACCGGAUGGUGCUAGAAUUCGUCCUACCAUAUGGAAGCUUCUAUUGGGGUAUCUUCCAAAUGAUCGCGGGUUGUGGGCAUCCGAGCUAACAAAGAAAAGAUCACAGUACAAGCAUUUUAAAGAGGACCUUCUGGUGAAUCCUGUAAGUCUCAACGACAAUAUCAUCACUUUCCAAGAUAUUGACAGUGUUAAUCCACAGUUCUAUGCAUUUAGAUGGAUAACCCUCCUGUUGACUCAAGAAUUCAAUUUUGCGGACAGCCUUCACAUUUGGGACACACUAUUAAGUGAUCUUGAAGGUCCACAGGAGACAUUGCUUAGAAUAUGUUGUGCUAUGCUGAUUCUCAUCCGGAGGCGCCUAUUAGCAGGUGAUUUUACUUCCAAUCUCAAGCUACUCCAGAAUUACCCUUCAACCAACAUAAGCCACCUCCUCUACGUUGCUGACAAGUUGCGUGCAGGAUCUGCUGGAUAACCUCCAUUUUGGUUUUUUUCCAUCCCCUUUUCUUUUCUUGCCUUUUUCUUUGCCUAUUUUUUUUGUAUUACAAAUUUGAUGUUUGUAUAAUUGCUAGAUGUAAAUGUUUGUUUAAAUUAACCACUUCGAGAGAAAAUAGUUUGCUUCAGCCACCUCCUGUCAUGUAUUUCCUUGACCUGUAGUGUCCUUUGCUAUCUGUACGAGUCGUUUUUUUUAAGUUCUGUGACUUCUCUCUGARCAUUGAUACCAGGCAACAUUUGUCAUUCUGAUUGGUCGAAAAUAUUGUACCAAGAAGCAUCAAACCAUUUUUCCCCUAA